UCGGCGAGCCAUAACGAAGAAUGUGAAUAAACCGGAAGCGAUGUCGUCUAAUGCCACGCUUUUUUAGUAAACUGGGGAAAAAAAUCGUCUGCCAGCAGUCCAGGGAUAAUAGUUCGUGCAUCAACAAUGAGUGAUGAGGGUUGGUUACGAGAACAAGCAACAACCGCCUGUGACACACGCACACCUUCAGCCAAUGAAAUUUAGCGUUUUAUAGGCUGUAGGAUCAUUUCUGUUGCGUGGGACGCUCAAUGGCUGCCGAUAAGGAAAGGUGUUUUUAAGUAUUCACAGAGAAUUACGGAUUAUAUGUCUUUGCCCCUGUAACAUGGAGUCCAAAAGGAAAGAACCCGAACCGAACCUGUCAAAUGUUGACGAGCUGCUACUGCAGCUAGAAUCGACAGAUCUCACGGAAGAAGAAUCAGAUGAGCUUUUGAGAGAAGCUUACAGAGUUAACAGAAAACUGAAGAAGAUACUCCAGCACCAAGAAGAAAAUAUUAGAUGUGAGACUAACAACUCCAUUGCCAGCAGAAAGGCAUCAGGGAGGUCACAGUCAGCAAAGCUACCACCAAUAAGCAAAAGUGAGGCUGGAUUUAUGCAUGUCUUCAUUGAGAAAUCUGCAGCUGAUCAACAAAGUAAAACUACUGGAGCCCAUUCAGGGAAGAUGAAGGCAGAAGUCAACUGCUAGAAUGACCAGCUUCACAAUUUAAUCGUUUUAUUGUCAUAAUCUACAUAGAUAUUUUUUUGUGCCAGCUUGUCACAGACAAGUGAUACAGUGCACUGCUUUCAGGUAAAAGUUGUGAGUGCUUGGUACCUGAGUCAACAUGUUUUGGCCACAAACAGGUCUGGCCACACAUGCAAAAGUCAGAUUGUGUAAAAGAGUAAGUGUUCAUGUUAUUUUUGUUCAAAAGUAUACUAUGUUGAAGAAGGGGAGUUGGCUCUAUUCCAGUCACCUGGCAAGUUUUGCACUCCAAGUUGAGCCACAAGUUUCACAAAGCUGAAUUAUUUGAGGAAAGUGGAAAACUGUACCUUUCCUGAAAGGUGUAGUGAAUAUAACCUUUUUCAUGUUUUCUAAUUAUUUGUAAACAACUUUUUUAUAUCGUAAUUUAUUUCACUGGAACAGGUCUUUUUUUUCCUUUUUAAAAGGCAGCUUUUAAUUUCAUAUACCCUUGUUUUAUAAAUGCAGUCUAGUUUAUAGUCAGGAUGAGAUGAAGAGCCAGAUCAACAGACUUUGUCAUUAAACCAUCUCGGAGAUAGGACAACCAUCUCAGAGACAGGAUGACUUGUUUGACAGUGUAUAAGCAUACAGGUACACAAAGAGCACUAUUUACAGAGAAAACAUUUAUUUCAGGACAUUUCAUCUUUAUAUUCAUACAGUACAGUUCCUAGAAGGCUGGUGGCCCAUAUCUUGACAAAUAUCGGCAAAUAAUGCAAUGCCUGUCCAUUUGUUUAGUGUACACCAUGCAGUGACCAAUAAAUGGCUGCCACUGUCA